AUGCCGUUGCGAACCCUACUACCAUCGAAGCCUACAUCGGGUCCUAGUCACCGCAGACAUGGCAGUAUCGUCGAAGAUCCCCCCUCUACGUCGGCUAGCAGCAACGUGCCAUCUACUCGAACCCACAGCCGCGGUAGCUCUCUGAAGAGACUGAGUCUGAGUCUGUCGCGGACCAACGACGAACCUUUCCCUCCAUCUUUGACGCAGGAUCUGGAGGGACUUCCCGGCCACCAACCCCCCGUCCAGCCUCAUGUACCUUCCUACCAAACUGAUCCGCCGAAAAGUGCCAGCACCCCGGCGACCAGAUCACCGACGCAGAUUGAAGGAGAUGGGAGAAACGGGAUGCAAAAUGACCUUGGCUUUGGUCUCAAGUCUAUGCCUCAACGACUCUCACUCUUGGGAUUGAGGCAUGCGUCGGAUCCACAACUGUCCAGCAGGUUCAAGAAGGAGGAGAUUAGUCCUUCCAACGACGUCCCACCAGCACCCACAAUCAUCACAACCGCGCCGACGACCAACGACUUCGACGAGCCUGCCCAGAAGCCAUCGCGAAGGAAAUUGUUUGCCAGAGCGCCAAGUCCUUUCCGCAAGAGUCACAGCUUUAGACGGACUAUUUUAGACCCUUUGAAAGGUACCGGUAACGAAGACGGCCAGGAUGAAAAAGCGAGCUUGGCAAAACCUGGGAUGCUCAAAGAAACCACCUCGUUUGAGCGCCUUCCGCGACCAAGGACAGGACAUUCUGGCGCGGAGCCGCCUGCGUACGGUGACGAAUCUUCGUCCUCGCUGGCCAUCCCCAUUACGCGACUCUCGGAGUCGUCUCGAUCGGAUGAUAGUUCUGGGGACCACCACGUCUACGCAAAGACUACCACCACACACACCAUCUCUACCACCACCACCUUCUUCAAGUUGAAGAGGCGCAAGAAGAAUAAAGGUCUACUUUUCCCACUACCUGAAAAGUUUGCAACACCUGCCUCAGGGCGGACCACGGCCUCGCAUACCCCUCAAGAGUCUCUGAUGGGAAGGAAAUCUAUGUCGCCGAGCAGGAGAUCAAACACGGCCGUGAGAUUUGACACUGAGCCGAGCCGACAUGGCUCUGCAGUUCCUUCACCCACUCAUUCCGCCACGGCACUCACAAAUGCUCCAUUUGGGUCGCCGGGGGCCACCAUUGUGCGGCAAGACUCCAAUUGGUCCACCCACUCUGGUCAAUCGACGCCAUCAGUGACACUGAUUCCCCCGCGACUAUCGGGAAGAGGAAGAUCUUCGACCUUGAGCUCGCUAGGGAAAUCAACUGAGAGGUUGUCUGAGUCAGGUCCCCAGCCAGCAUCAACGCGAACAUCGACGUCGACAAGUGGACGAAGAAGCUUUGGCGAUCUGCUGUCCCUUCCUCACAGACUACGGCAGAAUUCCGCGCCACCUACGCGCGGUGCUGGCUCAACUCCCGGCACGCCUGGCUCAAAAUCCAACUCUUUACACAUCCCUCGAGAGCCGGAACCGGAGCGGGUGUAUCCCAAACGAGAGGAUGGCGAUACCCCGGCUAGUUACCUGGAAAAGCUCGAGGCCGCAGUUCCCCGGAGCGCAAUGGCGUCCAUUCUCUGCAAGAGCGCAGAUGACUUUUCCAAAACAUGCUUGCGCAAGUACAUGCGCGGCUUUUCCUAUUUUGGCGAUUCCAUUGACAUGGCGAUCCGGAAGAUGUUGAUGGAAGUAGAGUUGCCCAAAGAAACUCAGCAGAUCGAUAGACUGCUCGCCGGGUUCGCGGACAGGUACUAUGAAUGUAACCCGGGAAUCUUCUCCUCGACGGACGAAGCGGCCUUUGUCGCGUUCUCGAUCCUUCUCCUACACUCCGACACGCACAACAAGAAUAACAAGAGGAAGAUGCAGAAACAAGACUAUGUCAAGAACACCCAACAGGGUCCGGUGCAGAUUUCCAGUGAUAUUCUCGACUGCUUCUACGACAAUGUGUGCUACACGCCCUUCAUUCACUUUGAAGACGAGGUGGCCGUCAACAGUCACCGUCUAUCAGCGCCCAAACCAAAGAGAAGCCUAAUCAAGACUAGAAGCCUUGAAAGCCUCCGCGGUCCUGUCGACCCCUACACUCUGAUCUUGGAUAAUAAGUUGGACGUGUUGCGGCCGUCUCUGAAAGAUGUGAUGGAUACUGAGGAUUGCUAUUGUUCCACAGGCACAUCCGGUGUGCUCGAGACCGAACACCAUCAUAAGGCUUUUGUGAACUCAGCGGUGUUGCAGAUUGUGUCUGCAAGGUCAAGGCCGGAUGCUUUCUUGUCCCAAGCCACCAUUAGCAACCCCGGUGAAGCGCAAGCUGGCCUGGUCAGUAUCAAGGUUGCCAAAGUGGGGCUGCUGUGGCGCAAGGAUCCAAAGAAGAAGAAAGCAAAGCGCCCGUGGCAAGAAUGGGGUGCGAUCCUGACUGACUCAAAGCUCUAUUUCUUCAAAGAUGUCGGGUGGGUCAAGAAGCUGAUUGCGCAGCACGAUGCCCAUUCCAAGUCGACCAAUAGAUCUGCUCCUCUUGUCUUCAAACCGCCGCUUACUUCUUUCGAACCCGAUGCGCUGAUGUCUAUGGACGAUGCCGUGGCAUUACUGGAUUCGAGCUACAAGAAACACAAGAAUGCCUUUGUUUUCAUCAAGCACGGAGGUUUCGAGGAGAUUUUUCUAGCUAACAGCGAGGUCGAGAUGAACGACUGGAUCGGCAAGCUCAACUACGCGGCUACUUUUCGCACCGCCGGUGUGAGGAUGCGCGGGCUUCUGGGAUCCAACUACGAAGGCCGUCAUCUGCUGCGAAAGGACUCGGAUUUCUCCUCCAAAAGUGGGGACACGCCCCAGAAAGACAAGAAGGUCGACCCCCAGAUGGCGUGGGAGAUUAUGUUCUACCGCCGGCAACUGAUUAACGAGAAAAUCAGCGAUUUUGACGAGAGGAUCGCGGUGGCUCAAAAGGAACUCGACCAUCUCCUUCGCAACGCGCGGCAUCUGCUCAUCUUGCUCCCCAUCCAACAGAAGACUCGUGAAUUUCUCGUGCUGGCUGCCGGCCGUAUGUCGGCCAAAUUGAAAUGGACCAGAGUGGAGCUUUGGAGGACGAGGACUCACCGAGACAUUCUUUUCAAAGACCUCGAAGAGGAGGGUGCCACUGCAUUCCCUGCUCCCAAGGCGUCAUUGACUUCGACGCCUCAGAAAACCACUCCUCUGAGGACGGGUCAAGGAGAUCUGGGGCGAACCAUCACCGACACAAGCCACAUCACCUUGUCACCGGCCAGUGCUACUUCGUCGAGGCUGUCCAACAUUGUCGACAAGCUCAAGACAUCGGAAAACUUCAGCAUUAGCACGACCGACCUUCCAUCGGCUAUAAGCCCGUCUGUGUCCGGAGAGGCAUCUCUAUCGAGGCACGAAAGCACCCAGGACUCGCACAGUCUAUCACACCAAGUUUCUACCACCAGUUCCCAUCACAGUCGAGAUAGAGACCGACUUGCACGCGGAGCGGAUGACUCCGAGGAACGUGUCUUGCGCGAAGCCGGACUGACGCACGUGGACGGUAACGUCGCCCGGGAUAGGAGGCCUGACACCAGUGAAUCAGAACGGGAUCGGGUUGGAACAAUGGCGGGCGCCGCUGAGCCUUCAAAGGCUGGAAGUGUUCGCCGGAGCCUUCAGCGCAGCUUGCGUGAGCCACACCUCCACCACCAUCACCACCUUCACCAGUCUCCUAGUGUUCAUCGCCAUAAGAAGAGUAAAGAAUCGGGCUCUAGUUUGGCUACGACAGAUGAUGGAGGCAAACUUACGCACGGUGAAGCCGAGGAAUUGAAACGGGGCACGGGGAGCUUCAUUCUCCACGGCAAGAAGGCUAGUGUCAUCACCAUGUCUCCAGAAUGGCAGCACAUGUCUAAUGAGGAGAGGCUGAAGAUGAGAAAGGCCGAGCGGGAGAAUGAAGAGGCGGUCGACGACAAGACUGCCGCAUCUACGACGUCAUACAAUCGGGAUGUCACUCUGGGAACAGCGAGCAACGCCUCCUCGACGCACGAAGAGGAAUUCGAGGAACCGUUUAGAUCCUCCAAUUCGAGUCGGAAGCAGAGUUUCGCGACCACAUCGGGGGAGCAGUUUGUGGACGCGGAAACCGGGGAGGGUGACGAUCUCGGGGUGGUAACUGGCGGAGGGGACGCUGAAAGAUGA